AUGGAUGCUCCGAGGAGAGUUACUAUCAAGGAAGCGGGUGCACCAGAUUAUGUCCUUCAACCACUUCAUAACUUCCAUUGCAUAUGCUCGACUACUAGACGAGAAGGGUCCGAUGAAGUUGCUAUAUGGUUGUCUGCUUUCCCUUUCUCUCUUGAGGACAAGGCUAAAGAAUGGUUCUACACCCUCUCUAGUGAAGUUACCUCCGAUUGGGACUUACUUAGAAGGGGAUUCUUGGAUAAAUUCCUACCUCCGGAAAAGAUGGAUAGGCAAAGGAAGGAAAUGUCUUGUAUUGUGCAAGGUGAGACGGAACCACUCUAUGAGUAUUGGGAACGGUUCCGUAAGCUACUAGAUGCAUGCCCCAACCACAUGCUUGACACUCAAGUAUUGCUUGGAUACAUAUGUCAAGGGAUGCGAGAGCAAGAUAGAACCCUCUUGGACACUUCUAGCAAUGGUUCUUUGUCCAAAUAUAAAACCGCGGAGGAGGCAUGGCAACUUAUUAUUGACUUAGCCGAAUCCAAUCAACAUAUGAGGCGAAGAGUCAACCGUCCAAGGACCAUGAAUGAGGUAUCAACUAGUAGUGAAACCACCGCUCUAACUCAAUCCUUGAAUGAGAUGACAUCCAUCUUGAAGCAACUCCAAUUGAACCAACAACAAUCACAACCUCAAUCAUACCAACAACACCCUCCACCACCUCAACAACACAACCAACAAUUGGUGCACCCUCUACCACCUCAACAACACAACCAACAAUUGGUCCCUCAAAGAGUAUGUGGCAUUUGCUCUUACUACUCUUACUACACGGAUGAGUGCCCAAGCCUUCAAGAAGAUACUACCAAGGCGGUAAUCCUAACCAAGGGUCAAAAGGAACUACAAAACACACUUACUUCCGGUCUCACCGGCCUCACCUCUACACUACAAGCUCUUCUUGCACGCAUGGAUACACCCUCAACUUCCACUCCUCAACCCCCAAUCCAAAGUGUCAUUCCCUCUCAACCUCAACCAAAUCCAAAGGGGGGCAUCAAUGCCAUCACCCUUAGAUCCGGUACGCAACUAAAAGAGAAGGAAGCAAAGGACUCAAGUCCUAUCACAACCGCCCAAGAAGAGGAGAGAAUAGAUAUAGAAGAGGUAGAGGAAGAGGAGACACCACAAGCUAUAAUUGAGGAUGAAACUCAACCAACAAAGGAGACCCCCUCUAGAUAUGCUAAAUUCCUCAAAGACUUAUGCAUACUACCCGAGAAGUGUGAUGAUCCGGGCCCUUGUAUGGUCACUUGCACAGUCAAUGGAGUUCAAUUUAGAGAUUGUAUGUGUGACCUUGGAGCAUGCGUUAGCAUCAUGCCACUAUCCGUCUACCGGGUAUUGAACUUACCACCACUAAAAAGGUCGACGGCAAGAUUUGUCCUAGCGGAUAAAAGCAUAAUAACCGUAGCGGGUGUUGCGGAAGAUGUAUUGGUGAAUAUACAAGGGUUGAUAUUCCCGAUUAACUUCUAUGUCCUUGAAAUGCCAUCAAGCGAAACCGAGAGAGCAUCGUCUAUCCUACUUGGAAGACCAUUCUUGAGGACUUCUAGAUUUAAACUUGAUGCUUACUCGGGGAACUACUCAUUCGAAAUAGAUGGGAGAAUUGUAAGCUUUAGCCUAGAGGAAGCAAUUAAGCAUCCACCGGAGAACCAUUCUUUAUUUCGGUGUGAUCCAAUCGAUAACAUAGUGGCCGAAGUACAUCUAGCAAAGUUAGAUGAGAAGUAUAUGGUUGAAGAAGCAAAUGAAAAGUCAAGCGAACUAAACACCACACAUCAUGCAACUCAUCCGGAAACUCAAACCUCAAAGAAUAACAAAAAGAUGGAAUUGAAGCCACUACCACCUCACUUAAGGUAUUCAUACCUUGAUGAAGCCCAAGAGCUACCCGUGAUAAUUGCACAAGAGCUAACCCCUCAACAAGAAGAGAAAUUGCUGAAUGUAUUGAGGAGAAACAAAAGGGCAAUCGGGUGGAGUUUGGCGGAUCUAGUGGGAAUAAGCCCUAAAGUAACCUUGAAAAAGUCUUAG